CCAGCUCUCUCUCAGUGUGUGUGUGUGAGUGUGUGUGUGUGAGUGUUGUUAAAGUAGGCAAACUGCUGCUCGAAUUCACCUCUCAUCGCUUGACAGGAGUUUCUCUUCAGACAUCCGGAGACUCCCACACGUGAAAGCUGGAGCUCAAACUGAACUAAUUAACUGGCAGCGACCCCGUCACCCCUUCCUCUUGAGGAGCGCCUUAAAACCUCGAUUUCAUCAAAACACUACUCCAACCCUUCCUCAGGAGAACGCUCAUGUGCUUACAAGGUGACCAGGCGUUCUGGGGAAGACUCAGCAACUGGUGCGCGAGGAAAGUAGCACGAUGACAGGCCCGCUACCCAGGAGGCUUCUGCUAUGGUUCAUUGGGUUAUUGGGCAUUGCAUUGCUAGCAUUAAUUGUUGUGUGCGUGGCUAUGCAGAUCCAAGUGCCAUGGCAAGUCUUGACCCUCCAGAGCUUUACCAUAAAACAUUACAGGUUAUUUUCGUUGAAGAAUAACAAUAGUUCUCAGGUUUUUCAACUUUCUACUGGAAAUGAAGUUGAAACAAAUGAAGUACUGGAGCAAAAUUCAGUCCAGCAAUCAGAUGUUCAGGAUUCAUCUGCAUUAGGAAACAAUGCAAAGUCAGACCAAUUAAAUCCAAACGUAAACUUCAUAAAGCCAGUGCCAAAAACUGAGGCAAAACCCUUCAUACCAGACUUUUUUGGUGACCAGUAUGCCACAGAUGAUGUUCCUCUACAAACAAACUGUCCCACAAGCAUUAGGAAGCUUGUGCCUCAGAGUCCGUUUGCUGAGAAAUUUCUGCACAGUAUUCCAGUGCUUCAGUGGGCAAAGCAUUUCACCACAGAAGAGUAUCAGCGCUUGAGUCACUAUGCUGGAGCACACGGCUGGGGAAGUGUUGAUGUUGAAGUGUUGAAGAGCUCAUUGAGAAUUUUAAAUACGACCGCAAACCACUUGAUGUUUGAUGACUGGGAGAGCAGAAUGAAAAAAUCUGAGUGCAUCCGCUGUGCUGUGGUGGGAAAUGGAGGAAUAUUGAAUGGAUCGAGAAAAGGCACAGAGAUCGAUGCACAUGACUAUGUGUUCAGAGUGAACGGUGCAGCUCUUAACGGAUUUGAGAAGGAUGUGGGAUCCCGGACAUCAUUCUACACGUUUUCAACCAACACUAUGAGAAAUUCCAUGCGUAGCUAUGCUGGCGUAGGCUACAGUGGUCCACCCAUUUCCAAGGAGACCAGGUACAUAUUCCUGCCAGACCAUGACCGAGAUUACAUUCUCAUGAAGGCAGCUUCCACACAUACAGUAAUUGAGAAAGGCCCCGAGCGCAGCAAUAAACCUCCUAAAUAUUUUGGUGAAGAUGUGACAGUGGAGAAAUUCAAAAUCUAUCACCCAGAUUUCAUCCGAUACCUCAGAAAUAGGUUCCUGCGUUCAAACCUUCUAAACACAGGCGCAAAAAAGAUUUACAGGCCGUCCACAGGAGCAGUAAUGCUUCUGGCUGCUAUUCAUACAUGUGACCAGGUUGAUGCUUACGGGUUCAUGACCCCUGACUACAAUUUGUAUUCAGACCACUACUAUGACAAAGUGCGACACCCUGUGCAUUUCUAUGCCAACCAUGACAUGCGCAUGGAAUUGAAGCUGUGGCAGAAGCUGCAUGAAGCCGGACUAAUGAAGCUCUUUAUGCGCACGUGAGCACAAACAGAUGGACGCUCUGACUUUUAUUAUGUCUAUGAGUUUAUUUUAUUUUACUAUCAGAACUCGUGGAAGUCGUUUGCAGGGAAAAACCUGAAAUUCUUCCCUCUGUAUUCAGCAGUUUUGCUGGUAAAAACGAUGUAUUAUUGUACUACAUAGAGAAGCUAUGUAGUGAACGGCCUGGAGUGGAUCUCUUUAAGACAGAAAAAAUGUGUCAAAGGGAGAGGCCUUGAAAUGUGGUCAGAGUUUGGGAAGAUGUGAAUAACUCUUGCAUUCUUGGCCGUGAUUUGUUCACAGAUAUUGAGUCAUUUCAGAUUAAGGCCGAACUGAAUGAAUCGCUGUGUAUCUUUGAACUACGUAGAAGGAUUUUGUAAUAUGUGCCUUAAGCCUUCACACACAGAAUCAGUGUGUUUAAAACGCAAUCGCACUAAAUCAAAAACAGUCAACCAAAGAUUUUUUUUUUUAUGGUUAAUCAUAUUCUUUAAAUAUGCUGUGUGAGUGUAAACCUUUAUAGAUGGCUUAUUUAUAGAGUCGAGAAGUUUUCUAUUUUUAAGAGGACUUUUUAUACCUUAGACGAUUACGUUUACAGCUUAACCUUACUUGGAAGCUUUAAAGUGCAAUAUCUUAUUUUGAGUUGGCAUUAAAAUGUGAAUUUCAUUGUGAUUUAUUUUUAUUUGUGCUGUUAAGGUUCGCUUGGUUAAUUGAUGCUCUGUUUUGAUUGUAUUUAACAUUUUAUUUCACCAAAUAAUUUAACUUUCUGGUCAAAUGAAUGAUUUCACUUUCAUAAAAAUGGUAAGGGAUCAUCAAUAGAAAUUGGAAAUAUGAACACACAGCAGGGUGCAUUUUCAAGCUGACAAUAAAUCGGAAAUUGUCGUUCAUUA